GAGGCGGAGGGUUCCGGUAGCCGGUGCGCGGCCGCAGCUCGCGGCGGUGCCGGGAUAGGCGGGAUAGCCGGGAUAGCCGGGAUAACCGGGAUAACCGGGAUAACCGGGACACCCCGCAGCCCCUCAGCCGGUGCCGAUGCCGAGGAGCAGCUGACGGCGGCGGGGACGCGGAAAUGGAGCCGCGGCCGGGCCGGGCGCUGUGCGGCCUCUUCCUCCUCCUUCUCCUCCUCCUCCUGCAGCAUCCCGGCCGCGCCGAGCGGGCCCCCGGCUCCCACCUGGACGACUCGGCCAUCGCAGCAGAGUUCUGCCGCAUCGACAAGGCCCUGUGCCACGACGAGGACGAGCAGCUCAGCUUCGAGGCCGUGCGCAACAUCCACAAGCAGAUGGACGACGACGCCAACGGCAACGUGGACGUGGAGGAGAGCGACGAGUUCUUGAGGGAAGACUUGAAUUACCAUGACCCAGCAGUCAAGCACAGCACUUUCCAUGGAGAAGACAAGCUCAUCAGUGUGGAAGAUCUCUGGAAGGCCUGGAAAACAUCUGAAGGUAAAAAAGGGACAAAAAGCCAAGAAAUCCUUUCCCAGGAGUGCCAAAGAGUUUGGAUUUCAGAUGUCCUGGGCAGUGUGCAGCUCUCAGGAGGAAUGUGCUGCUUUUCCUCCCUUGUACCAGGCCUUGGACUCUUCCAGCUCCCUUUUUGGCUGGCAGUGAACAACGCCACCAUGAUGGGGACUGUGCUCAAAAUGACCGACCGCAGCCACCGGCAGAAGCUGCAGCUCAAGGCUCUGGACACGGUGCUCUUCGGGCCUCCUCUGUUGACUCGUCACAACCACCUCAAGGACUUCAUGCUGGUGGUGUCCAUCGUCAUCGGCGUGGGCGGCUGCUGGUUCGCCUACAUCCAGAACCGCUACUCCAAGGAGCACAUGAAGAAGAUGAUGAAGGACCUGGAGGGUCUCCACAGGGCUGAGCAGUCUCUCCAUGACCUGCAGGAGAGGUGGGUUCCCAUUGUCCAGCCAGCUGGAGCGCUCAGCUCUCCCUGCUCCUUAUUCCUGAGCCCGGUUCCAGGAUGGCAGCAGUGGCCCGUGGGGGGUUCUGGUGCCGGGAGCAGCGGCCUGGCGCGUGGGUGGCUCCUCUCCCCUGUCCCCAGCACGGCACCGCUCCUCCAGAGGACUUUUCCUGCUGCCAGCACUGGGAUGAAGCCGCCUGGGAAGCCCUUUCCCGUUUGGCAGCGGCGGGGGACGAUGAGCUGCGGGAGGGCCGGGUCCCCACGGCUGCUCCACGGUGUCCCGGGCACUUCUCCGCAGGUGCGGAUGGCGCUGAAGAACGCCGAGAAGGAGCUGGAGUCCCACUGCAGCUGGGCCGCCCCCGAGGCUCUGCAGAAGUGGCUGCAGCUGACCCACGAGGUGGAGGUGCAGUACUACAACAUCAAGAAGCAGAACGCAGAGAAGCAGCUGCUGGUGGCCAAGGAAGGGCUUCAGGGGACAGAGACCUCCUGCUCUUUGUCACCACCUGUCACCAUCAGAAUCCAGCUGGACGUGUCUGCUCCGGCCUUGCCCAGCACAGUCCGGCAGCGCCUGGUGGAGCCGCAGCACGGCCACGGAUCGCAGAGGUUGGUAGAGAGUCCCGUGCCGGGGCAGCCCGAGGCCGGCCCCGUGGCCCCGCUGCGGGCGGGCCGAGUGUCCCUGCGCCGAAUGCACAGCCUCAGCUCCGGACAGUCCUUCAGCUCCGACCCGCCCGGCUCCACCUCCUCCACCUCCUGCUCCUCAUCCGCCACCACCGCACCUGCUCCUGCUUGCCAUGUCCACCCUAUCUAUUACCAUCACACCACCUCUUAUUUCCUCCAGAUGGAUUCCAUCCCCGACCUGCCCCCUCCUGAUGUCACCUCUGGAGUUCGCUGUCGCACUGGGAGCUUUGGAGAUUUAACUCGCUGCGACUCCGACUCCUCCAUCCCGCACCUGAGCGACCACCAGCGUAUCCCCAGCUCGGCGCCCAAGCUGCUGGCUGCCCGGCCCACGCUGCUGAGCCGCUCCAUGGAGGAGGCUGUCCCCGGGCCCCCGGGCCCCGGCGCGCCCACCCCCAACGGCGGCAGCCGGCACGGGGAGCCCCCCGCCCUGGCGGCUUUGCAGGAGCGGCUGCCCGAGAGCCCCAUGGUGAUGAAGAAGAUGAUGAUGGUGAAUCACGGCAUGGAGAAGUCCUCCAGCCUGGGGGAGAUCAGCCACCCGACGGCCGGCAAGCCCAGCCACUCGGAUUCGUCCCGGUCGCACAGCCCCAGCUCCACCGACCCCGACACCCCCUCCCCCACCUCUGACUGCCGGCCCAGCGGCGCCAGGAACACCCGCAUCCCGCAGCUGGCCGCCAAGAAGAGCCCGGGGGACGAGGACAGCAGCCUGACGGGCGACGAGGUUGACCCCGGCCAGAGCAAGAAAAAGUUCCCCCUAAAGAUCUUCAAGAAGCCCAAGAAGUAGGGGAGGGGGGACACCCCCGGACGCGUCCCGCCGGGCCCGGGGCCGGCCGUGCACCGGGAACCCAGCGCCGGCACGGGAGGAGCUAUUUAAACUUAUUUAUUUCCCGAUCUCCGAGAUGAAACAGCGCCAGGCCGCCGGCUCCCCGGGAGAAGAGCCGCCCCUGCCCUCCCCUCCGAGCGCUGCGGUCCCGGCUUUGCUGUGCAUGGCUUCCAGUUACUCCUGCUCUGCUCAGCCACGCGGCCUUUGGGUUUGGUUUCAAUGUGGUUUUAUUUUUUUUUUUUAAAUUUUAUUUUCUAUUGUUGUUAUUAAUUUGUUUUCCUGCCUCCAACUUUUGCACAGGCUGAUGGAGGCUCGGGGCGGCGCCGGCUGCUCCGCGCUCCCCCCGGGGUGACUCCUGUCGCAGCGGUUCUCCCUCAUUUCUCCCAGUCACUUUUCCCCCCCGGCCCCCGCGGCCCUGGGAAGGGGAUCCAUCCCCUCCUGGCUGCGGGGGAGCAGGGGAGGACUCUGCCCUUGCCGGUACUUGAGUGUCCCGGUCCCCAGCGCUCUGCCCCGUGCCCGGCGGGGAGGAGCCCUCGCCUGUCCCCGGCUUUGCUUCCCCGGGCAUCCUCCCCUGUCCCCCGGACUCCUCCGAGCCCCGGGGACCCGGCUGAGGACCCCGGUGACAGGGGACAGUGAGGGAAGGGCCAUGCCGAGGGGUGUGGGUGCAGAGCCAGCUCCAGCCGCCACAGCCACACGAAGAGGAGGGGGCUCCCGGGAGCAGGGCCCUGUGCCCGUGUCCCCCGUGUCCCCCGUGCCCGUGUCCCUCGUGUCCCCCGUGCCCGUGUCCCCUGUCGUGGCUGGGGACAGAGCAGGACACAGCGGGGCUCUGCAGGACAGGGACAGGCUGUGCCUGGGGGACAGAGCCAUGACACAGCCGUGCCCUGGAGCAGGCCGGGUGCUGCGGGCUCUGUGCCCUCCCGAGGUUCGCAGGAGGCUCACACAGGCAGUGUCCCCCUUGUCCCGAGGCCACACGCCGGGGUGUCCCCGGCUGUGUCAGCCCGUGGCCGCUGCCAGCACAGCCUGACCCGGGUCUCGGUCUGUCCUGAGCCGCUGCCUGGGGCUCUCCCGUCCUCCCUCAGCACACUCUGGGUCACAUCCUGCUGCUCGGGUGUCCCCCAUCGCAGCCCAGGCCACUGAGGGGGUCCCCACUCCGGGCAGCAACUCUGGCUGAGUCCCACUCCCUCCGAGGGCCAGGCCCGGGUCCCAGGGCUGAGCCCUGCCCCAUCCCAGGGGAUGAACCCUGCCCCAUCCCGAGGGAUCAGCCCUGCUCCAUCCCCGAGCCCUGCCCCAUCCCGAGGGAUCAGUCCUGCUCCAUCCCUGGGCCCUGCUCCAUCCCCAGGGCUGAGCACCUCUCCACCCCCUUGCCCCCCUCUCCCAGCUCCUCCAGGAGCAUCCCCCAGCCCCGGGGCUGCCAGGGGGACCCCCAAACCCCCUCCCACCCCACUCGAGGAGGUUCCCUGGUGCCACAUGACCCCCCGAGCCCAGGGUCCCUGUCCUCAGCCCCCCUCCAGCCCCCCCCGACCACCAUCCCGUGCAUCCUCGGGGGUGGGGAGGGGCUGCUCCUGGCGAGGCCGGGCCGGAUGCCGAGAGCCCCCGGGGCCUUGCUUUAUGCCAGAGUAAUAUAUUUGUGUCUUGACAAUUCAGGAAGGGCUACAAAGGUGUUUUUUGUUCUGUAGGUGGGACUUAAACAAUUUCACUGUUGCUUUGGGAUAAGUGAAAAAUUCCUCUUAAUGACUUUAAGUGCCUGCAUUUCCCUGGGGACAGGGGGGACACACUUGGCCCCACAGCCAGGGCUGCUGCCUGGGCACCCCGAUCCGUGGGCACCCCAAUUCCUGGCCACCCCAGUCAGUGGGCACCCAGAUCCGUGGGUACCCCAAUCAGUGGGCACCCCAAUUCUCGGGCACCCCGCUGUCAUCACAGGCAGGGCCCCUGGGAGCGGGAACAGCAGGGUUGGGGCCAGAGCUGCUUGUGGUGGCAGAGACCUGUGGAUGCUUCUGGAGAAGGGGUUGGGGAUCCCCCAAACAACAACUGUUGACGCAUCUGCCAACUCUUGAUUUAAGGUGUUUUUUUGUUUUUGUUUUUGUUUUGUCAUUUCAUAAAACUUUUCAAUCCAAUAAAGCAUGUAGUCUAUUUUACGA